GGGGCUUACAGGUAUUUAUAGGGGUACUCAUAAGCUUUCUCAGCAGUUUCUGUUCCCAAUUUUUACUCAUCAGCAGUUUCCAUUCCAAAUUUUUAUGUCACAAUUCUAUACACUCUUGUGGUUUAGUUUUUUUCAGGAUGUACAUCCCGAAAGGAGUAUCCCAGGUAGUGGUGGUCUGGUUUCUGAAAGAAGGAAGGAGUAUUUCAUCUGGUGAAGUCCAGUUUCCAGAUGUGGGUCCACCUUUUGAUUGCAAGGACUAUAAAUCUCAUAACAGUGAUGUCCAAGGUGGUCAAACCUAUUAGUCCUUGAGUUGAUGUCCAUCUUCUUUUCUCAAGCUGCAUGUUUCCUUUUUAUAUAUUCUAAAGCUAUAGUUUCAAAAGAUCCUUACUACAAGCAAUAUUCUAAAAUUACACUUCAAAAGGUUAUUAUUGCAAAACUCUUUAAGGCUUACAAGCAGAAAGUUCCUGUCAAAAAGCAACAUCCUUAAAGCUUUAAGUCAAAUGCUCCUAAAUCAACUUCAGACAGAUAAAGGUUAAUUGCAAAUAGGUUCAAAGGCCUUCUUCCAUGCUUUAUUUUUCUCAGUUGUUAUUAGAAUUCGCCUUUAUAACUGUCCCAUGGUGAGUUUGCACACAUAUUACAAUCACAAAUACACACAUUGCCUGUAUGUACCUGACACGAAACACAGCUUUGUAUUUCACAUUACAGCCAGAUGCUUUAGUCGUAGCUGCCCCCAGCUGGGAUGAACUGGCUUAUUCAGGGAAACGGACAUGAAGCAAUCAAAGGGAGAUAUUUUCCUCUGGGUUUUCCUUUGUCUGACUCCGGCUACCAGGUGACAGGGGUGUUUAUGAAGAACUGGGACCCUCUGGACGAGCAGGGAGCUUGCUCCGUUGACAAAGAUUGUGAAGAUGCUUACCGGGUGUGCCAGAAGCUUGAUAUCCCCUUUCACCAGGUUUCCUACGUGAAGGAAUACUGGAAUGAAGUAUUCAGUGACCUCUUAAAAGAGUAUGAAUUGGGAAGGACACCUAAUCCUGAUAUUUUGUGUAACAAGCACAUCAAAUUCAACUACUUCCUGCAUUAUGCUAUGGAUAACCUUGGAGCAGAUGCAAUUGCUACUGGGCAUUAUGCCAGGACCUCACUGGAGGAUGAGGAAGUGUUUCAACAGAAACAUACUAAAAGACCACAGAAGCUUUUCAGAAACCGUUUUGAAGUUAGAAAUACUGUGAAACUCCUUCAAGGGGCUGACCUCUUUAAGGACCAGACCUUCUUUCUAAGUCAGAUUUCACAGGAUGCUUUGAAGAAAACCAUCUUCCCUUUAGGGGAUUUAACAAAAACUUUUGUAAAGAAGAUAGCAGCAGAACAUGACCUUCACCAUGUGCUAAAGAAAAAAGAGAGUAUGGGGGUCUGUUUCAUUGGUGAAAGAAACUUUGAAAAUUUCCUUCUUGAGUAUUUGGAACCUCAGCCUGGUAACUUUGUUUCCAUUGAAGAUAAGAAGGUGAUGGGAAGACACAAAGGUUGGUUCCUCUUCACAAUAGGCCAGAGGGCUCGGCUGGCAGGGCUCAAGGAUGCUUGGUUUGUUGUAGACAAAGAUGUCAGCACUGGAGAUGUCUUUGUGGCACCAUCACGAGAUCACCCCGCCCUGUACAGAGACCUGCUGCGGACAAACCGCGUGCACUGGAUCGCAGAGGAGCCGCCGGCAGAGCUGGUCAGGGAGAAGAUGAUGGAAUGUCAUUUCAGAUUUCGGCACCAGAUGGCACUGGUGCCUUGUGUCCUGACUCUAAACCAAGAUGGGAGUGUGUGGGUAACACUAGUGAAGCCAGCAAGAGCUAUCACACCUGGACAGUUUGCUGUGUUCUACAAGGGAGAUGAGUGCCUGGGCAGUGGGAAGAUCCUGAGGAUGGGCCCAUCAGUGUAUACCUUGCAACAGGGCAAAAACCGAGAGGAGAGCCCCAAGAAGGAGGAGAUUGACAAAAUAGAACCAGCAACAUGACACCUGGGAUUGUCUAUUGAAGGACUUUGGAGAAUUUGCUGCCUGAGAACAAUAAAAACUAUAAUAAAUGUGGUUCAUAAGGCCAGUUAAGCAGAGAGUCCCAGCUCUUGACUGUUAGCACUGAAGGAGUUUAAAGCUAAAGCCAGUUUGGUGCAAUUCUGCUGGACUGUAUGGUGCUGUUUAUAUUAAUAUGUAUCAAGGGAUGUCCUAAGGUGUUCUGUAAUAGCAGUAACACAUACAGGAAUUUUAACACAAAAAUCAUGGCUGAAAUAAUAAAUCUAUCUCUCCUGUGUAAGUGAAAUGCUUUCUUUUCCCUUACUUAAAGGUACCUAUCCUUAGUAAAGUACUUAUGUUAUUUUA